AUGUCGGCUGCAUCUCUGCUGCUCUUCUGCUGCCGCUGGAGCAUAAUUCGUGGAGGCUGGAGCCGCCUGGCGGACUUGACGGAUGCCGGCCUCGUCCGCCCAGCGGCACGGUCUGAACACAUCGGCGCCUGGGACGAGGCGAGGCAGGUGCUGCUGAUCCAUGGCGGAAGCAACCUGGAAGGCGAUCUCUGGGCCUUCGACGCCACAUCCGAUUCCUGGGCCAGCACGGUGACGGUUGGCGCACCGGCAGCCCGUGCUGCGCAUGCUGCCGGCUGGGAUCCUGUAGAGCCGGCUCUGUGGGUUCAUGGCGGGCACAGCAGUCAAGCAGCCAGCUGGUUUCGAGAUGUUUGGAAGCUGCAGUCCGGGAUAUGGACAUUGGACUCCAAUGAUGCCGGGCCUACUGGAAGGCAGGCGCAUGUUGCAGUCUGGGUUUCAGGCACUUCUUCCCUUUGGGUGCAUGGCGGCUGGACAGGUGUCGAGCACUUAUCAGACUUGUGGAAGUACAGCACCCAGGCCCACGGAUGGCAGGAGCUGUCCCCGGCACCGGGUGAUUCUCCAUCGGCACGCUCCCAUCAUGUGGCCGUGUGGGAUGGGACAAGGCAAGCUCUCUGGAUGCAUGGCGGCUACGGCGACUCUUUGCUAGGAGAUUUGUGGACUAUGGAUGCUGUGACCCUGAGUUGGACGAGAGUGCUUUUCGAUGGAGGGCCUACAGCGAGGUCGGGCCAUGCGGCCGUGUGGGAUGACGUAAGCCAGGUGCUUUGGCUGCACGGUGGCAAUGCCGGCAUCCUCACGAAAGACCUUUGGAGAUACGAUUCUGGGGAGAACAGGUGGAGUUUGAUUCCUGCAGAGCACGACGGUCCAUCCGGGCGCUGGUCACAUCUUGCUGCAUGGGACAGCCGCAACCAGGUCGUCUACAUCCACGGUGGAUACAAUGGAAGCGUCUGUGGCGACCUCUGGUCUUUCACUGUCACUACAACCUCGACCACCUUUACUACCAGUUCCACAUCCACGGCAAGCAGUACCUCAAGCACGAGCAGCACUAGCAGCACGAGCACGUCCCCAACCAGCACAUCAAGUUCUAGCACUUCCACGACAACCACCUCCGCUUCGAGCAGCAGCACGAGUCGCACCUUUAGUUCCAGCAGCACCUCUACAACGAGCAGCAGUGCCAGCAGCACCAGCACCAGUUCCACGACAUCGCUUAGCAGCACCUCGCUGACUGUGACACUGAGCACGACCACAUCACGCACCUCCAGUUCAACCAGCCGGACAAGCACGUCCAGCUCGAGCAGCAGCACAAGUUACACUUCCAGUUCCAGCAGCACCUCGCCAACGAGCAGUAGUUCUAGCAGUACAAGCACCAGCUCUAGCAGCUCGACAACAUCUAUCAGCAGUAGCUCAACCACUGGGACGUCUAGCCGCACGACUUCCACCACUUCAAGCAGCACUUCAGCAACGCGCACGACAUCCACGGAGACAUCCAGCACCCAGACCACACUCACCUCCAGCUCUUCCACCGCCACGAGGACCACAACCACUACUACGACACAACUUGUCAUCGUCAGCCCUGUCCCAGAUAGCCUCCUGGUCAUCAUGUCGAUUGUGAUCUUACAAGCUUGUGGUGCUGCAUGCGUCGCAGCUGUGCUCUACCAUGCUUUUUUCCGUUUGGCAACUGUUCCUGUUCCAGCUUUCGAUGUGCGGCUGUUGGAGCCACAGCCAUCAAACUGUCCAGAAAGAAAAGGACAGCCAAAGGCUCAAGCAUUUGCUCCGCCACCCCCUUGCCAAAGAUCGCCAUCUCCUCCUUUGGUGGUCCUUGUUCACUUCCAGGGUGCUUCACCGGCUGCUCCGAGAGUGCAACUGGUGCCAGAGUCGCAGGGCUUUCCGUUCCAAGCAAUCCGGCGUUCCUGGAGAGAGCCGCAGCCAUCGCCAGUGCUGCCACCGGAGCCUGAGCAGGGGGAAUCUGCCAGCUUCUGCCGUCUAUUCAGUGAUUGCUUUCCCAGACAGGAGCAUGAAGACAUGUCAAGGCAUCCGGCAUCGCAAGACAGAAUGCCGCCAGCAUUCGCCCCCAGCUCUACGAGGUUGGAAUGCCCUUCCAAGCGGCCGUCCCAGCGCCCUCGCACACAAGACGCCCCCGACCGCAUGGUCUCUCACAGCCAACCUCGUGUGCAGCUGGUGCCCGAGUGGCCAGGAUGGCCUUCCAUGAAGACAGAGAGACGGCUUCCGAAAGAACCCGACCUUUGCCAAUUGCACCUGCCCCAAGCACUUUUAGUGAGGUACCCAUCGGCAGCAGGCGAGCCGGGAAAGCCGUGCUCUGAAUCGACGCCGCUACCGCCGAGGGAGCUCAGGCAGGGGCGACCCAGUCUGCCGGCGCCCAGCAUCUGCAGAUUGGAGCCGCCGGAAAGCAAAAAAUGGCAGUGGCAGCGCCCGGCCGCGCCAAAGAUACCGCCAGUUUAUGCGACCCCAUGUGAGAGGCAUGUCCAGCUUCCGAAGCCUUGCGCGGUCCUUGAGUUGGGCUUCAAAGCGAAGUCCGCCAAGAGGUUUUCGGACAUGGUGGACUCGAGCAUGCGUUUGUCACCCCGCAAGCGAAUGCUCGGGUCCAGGCCGCACAGACUGCAAGAUGUUGAUCUGGAGGAAACUCCGAACAGCAUGCCGUCCCCGAUCGCCAGCGGCGGAAACUUCAGUACCAGUUCGCAUGUCUGGAUGCCGGAUCAAGACAAUUACGAUAUGCUCAACGCACUCACGCCGCAACAGCAGUGA